AAAUUGAAUGAUUAUGAAUUGAAAGAGAAUGAAUUAGAAGAGAAUGAAUCAGAAGAGGAUGAAUCAGAGAAGAAUAAAUCAAAGAAGAAUAAAUUAGAAGAGGAUGAAUCAGAGAAGAAUGAAUCAGAGAAGGAUGAAUUAGAGCAGGAUGAAUCAGAGAAGGAUGAAUUGGAGGAUAAAUUAGAGAAGGAUGAAUUAGAGGAGGAUGAAUUAGAGGAGGAUGAAUUAGAGAAGAAUGAAUUAGAGGAGGAUGAAUUGGAGGAGGAUGAAUUAGAGGAGGAUAGAUUAGAGGAGAAUAAAUUGAAGGAGGAUGAAUUGAAAGAGGAUAAAUUAGAGAAGAAUGAAUUAGAGGAGAAUAAAUCAGAAAGCUUAUUUUUAGAUUAUAGAGAU